UGGGCGUCACUUCCUGUGACACUCUUCCAGUAGAGUCUGCAUUUUUUUCCUCCUUGACUGAAUCUGCACAUCAUCACCAAGUGAGAAGUUUCCAUGUUUUGGAGCCCAUAAGUGAUGGCAUUGAACGUGACGGGUCUGGUGGUGGUGGUGGCGUUCUUCCUGCUCAUCCCGGCAGCGGGCAUGUGGGCCGCCAGGCGCUUCAAGAAGUCAGGAGGGACAGGAGAUGGAAUGGAAGACACGUUUCUGGCUGGGCGUAACAUCAACUUGCUGAUGGGGAUCUUCAGCCUUACAUCCACCUGGAUAGGAGGAGGAUUCAUCCUUGGUAUCGCUGAAGCAACGUACAACCCGACAUUGGGAGCAGUGUGGGCUCUCAUGCCUGUGUCUUAUGUCCUUACAUUCUUCUUAGGUGGCGUUUUCUUUGCAAAGCCUAUGAGAGACAACAAGUAUUUGACGAUGAUGGAUCCUUUCCAGCAGAGGUACGGGAACAUACUGGCCAGUCUUCUCACCAUUCCGGCUCUGGUCGCUGAUGUGCUGUGGGUGGCACGCACACUCGUCAGCCUGGGCGUAACUAUGCAUGUGAUCCUGGACCUUUCCUACAACAUCUCCAUCCUCAUCUCCUUUGCUGUGGCCAUCGUGUAUACGCUCGUGGGGGGGUUCCUCUCUGUGGCUUACACAAAUGUCAUUCAGCUCAUCUGCAUCUUCAUCGGCCUGUGGCUGAGUGUCUCUUCCGUCUUGACCAGCUCUCACUUUUUGGACAUCUCACUGACGGCGUACAGUCAAGGCUUCCAGGCUCCCUGGGUUGGCACUGUGGAGCUUCAUGAAGCGGGCAUCUGGUUUGACAACUUUAUGGUGCUGGCUUUAGGUGGUUUGGCCUACCAAGCGUUCUACCAGAGCGUCCUGUCGGCCUCAUCUUACACCCAGGCUCAAGUGACCUGCUUUGCCUCCGCUGCCUUUUGCCUGGUGCUGGGCAUCCCCUCUAUACUCAUCGGAGCUGUUGCUGCAUCGACUGACUGGAACUCAACGAGCUAUGGACUACCAACUCCAUAUGAGCGUGGAGAAGCAGGUUCCAUUCUGCCCAUUACACUGAAUACCCUCACCCCCAAUGUGUCCGUCAUUGGCAUUGCAGCUGUAGCUGCUGCUGUUAUGUCCUCCAUGGACGCUGCCCUGCUGUCCUCUGCCUCAAUGUUCUCCUCCAACGUCUACAAGAAGAUCAUCAGAAAACAAGCAUCAGACCGUGAAAUGCAGUGGGUGAUUCGUAUCUCGGAGGUGGUUGUGGGUCUGGCUGGUACUGGCCUCACCUUCCUGGACAACAGUGUUCUGGUCUUCUGGCUUUUGGGUGUGGAUAUGUCCUUCACCAUCAUGUUCCCUCAGCUGGUUUGCAUCCUCUUCUUCAAGGUGUCCAAUGGCUACGGUGCUAGUUUGGGCUUCGCCGUGGGAGUCCUCAUGAGAAUCCUGAGUGGGGAGCCACUCAUCGGCUUGCCGCCCGUCAUUUGCUACCUCAACUGCCAACUGAAUGCAGAGGGCCCGCUCACCCAGUUGUUCCCCUUCCGCACUACUAUCAUGGUCACCUCCAUUCUAUCCAUCCUGCUAUUCUCCUGGCUGACAGCUUUCCUUUUCAACCGAGGCCUGUUGCCUACGAAGUGGGAUGUGUUCAAGGUCAAACCAAAGCAGGUGGUCCCUAAAGACGGCCAAGAGGUCUCUGUGUCAGAGCUGGAAAUAGAAACCGGGUUCUGAAGGGUCUCAAAAGGAGCAAAACGAUUUUUACAAAAUGUUUUUAUUAUCAACCUAUCAUCCAGAAAGACUUUUUCGAAAGCCUUUGAUUACAUUUGUUCAGAUUUUUUGUUUUGUAAAGACUUUCUAUGGAACUUUUUUUUUUUUUUUACCUUGAAUUGAUUUACGUGGACCCCGAUUUAAACAAGUUGAAAACUUAUUCGGGUGUUACCAUUUAGUGGUCAAUUGUACGGAAUAUGUACUGUACUGUGCAAUCUACUAAUAAAAGUUUCAAUCAAUCAAUCAAAAACUAGGGGUUGGGUUGAAAGGAUAGGGUUAGGGUUAAAAAAAAACAAAGAGAAAGAGAGAGAUGGGGGGCUCUGCGGUCCCUUCCAAGGUGUUUCUCAUUGUUCCCAUUGGGUUGAGUUUUUUUCUUAAACUUUGAUUGAUUGAUUGAUGACAAUAUUGAUCUCUUUUUUUUGAUAAAUUGCGACCCCAGCUUAUUGUGAAUACUUAGUCCAACGGUCAGUCCGUGGUAAAUUGUUUGUGUAGUACAGUUGGUUUAUCCUUGGUGUAAUUGUGUCUCUCCAAGGUAUUAUACAAGUCGGCGCCACACGCCGACACUAGGAUGAGACAAUCAGAGAUUACAAAGAAGAACAUACAUCAGACUUGUAAUCUCGCUAGAAAGAUGUCUCGGCAUCGAGUACUUGUCUCUGGCCCCUUGCCUGCGAGAGGCAAUGAUGAGAGGUAUAGCAGAUUAGUCUCGCUUAACAAGUGGCUGGCUAGUUAUUGUAGAGAACAGUGACUAACGUUUAUUGAUAAUUUACCCUCUUUUUGGGGCCGGGCUUGCUGAGGAGGGACGGCCUUCACCCAAACCGGGAAGGCCAGAGAUAUAGAUUACUCUUUGAGUCACACUUGACUAACUACACGAGAGCAAGCUCGAACACAGGCAAUUACAGUGUCUGUUUUGGUCACUGAUAAAAAAAGCCUUGCCUGUACCGGAAGUAGCGUGACGUCACAGGUUGAAAGGCUCCUCACAUUUCCCCAUUGUUUACACCAGCAGCGAGAGCGAUUCGGACCGAGAAAGCGACGAUUACCCCAUUAAUAUGAGCCAGGAUGAAAGAUUCGUGGAUGAGGAACGUGAGAGUGAAGGACUAGAGUGCAGUGCAGGACGCAUCUUUUUUCGCUCUGACCGUAACUUAGGUACAAGCUGGCUCAUUGGAUUCCACACUCUCUCCUUUUUCUAUUGUGGAUCACGGAUUUGUAUUUUAAACCACCUCGGAAACUAUAUCCUCUUGAAAAUGAGAGUCGAGAACGCGAAAUGGAUAUUCACAGUGACUUUUAUCUCCACGACAAUACAUCGGCGAAGCACUUUAGCUACGGAGCUAACGUGAUAGCAUCGGGCUUAACUGCAGAUAGAAACAAAAGAAAUAAACCCCUGACUGGAAAGAUAGACAGAAAAUCAACAGUACUAUUAAACCAUGGACCUGUAAAUACACGGUUAAUGCUUUCCAGCCUGCCAAAGCUUAACAAUGCUGUUGCUAACGACGCCAUUGAAGCUUACUUAGCAACGGGACCUCACAGAGCUAUGCUAAAAACAUUAGCUAUCCACCUACGCCAGCCAGCCCUCAUCUGCUCAUCAACACCCGUGCUCACCUGCAUUCCAGCAAUCAACGGAGCGACACAGGACUUCAACCGAUCAUAGAUGCGGUCGGCGGCUAGCGUCGGAUAGCGCGUCUGCUAUCUAAGUCAAAGUCCUCCUGGUUGUGUUGCUGCAGCCAGCUGCUAAUACACCGAUCCCACCUACAACUUUCUUCUUUGCAGUCUCCAUUGUUCAUUAAACAAAUUGCAAAAGAUUCACCAACACAGAUGUCCACAAUACUGUGGAAUUUUGAAAUGAAAACAGAGCUUUUUUGUAUUGUAUUCAAUGGGGUAACAAUACUUCCGUCAACCUUUUACGUCACGCGCAUACGUCAUCAUAUCUAGACGUUUUCAACCGGAAGUGUGGCGGGAAAUUUAAAAUUGCACUUUAUAAGUUAACCCGGCCGUAUUGCCAUAUGUUGCAAUGUUAAGAUUUCAUCAUUGAUAUAUAAACUAUCAGACUGCGUGGUCGGUAGUAGUGGGUUACAGUAGGCCUUUAAGCUAGAACUAACCAGCGCCAGGGUGGAAAAUUCCUGCACACAGCAUUUUCUGUAGAAUAAUACACAACUCACAUGUUUUUUCUGUAGUGACUGUGCCAGAGGUGAACAUGCAUUCUAUUUAGGUGGCAAAUUAUGACGGGUUAAAUCUAUCGCAGCACCAAGCAAAUAAUCUCAAGAUCCUCAUCAUAUUAAUUGCUAGAUGUGAUCGAAAUGAUUUAAGGUGCACUACACAAAAUAAAUAUAUUGUUAUAAAUAUCAGUACUAUGGAUAUCAUUAACAAAAAUGCCUCAAAACAGCUCACUACCUAUAAUAUAGGUGUGGAGGGGGGCGUGGUCGGCGCGCCUCCUGCAGUAAUGGGGUGUGUAUGGACCGGCCUCGAAGCACAGCUGGCAGGUGAUUGGAUGAUCAAUCCCAGCUGGGUAAUCCAAUCACCUGCCAUGCUUAUCAGCAGCAGCCGGGCCGACACACACUGUUGUAGUUGCUGGUGAGCGGACACAGUUGCUGGACAUUACCGGAGAGAAAAAGUCUAAAAGACUGAAAAGUCACAGAGCAGAUGUCGUGAGGGGCUUCCAGACGCAAAGACUGAAAAGUUGUAGCAUGGAGUGCGGUCCUAACGUGUGUGCGCUCACAAAUAAAGACAUUGACAAAAACAGACCCCGGGCUGCUGUGAAGAUCUGUCGGUAUCAGGGGACCCACGGGAGAAAGACUACCACAAAAGGCUUUUUUAAACAUCAGAUCAUUGUCUUCCAAAACUUUAUUAGUUAAUGAGGUCAUUAGAAAUAACAAUCUUUAACGUCAUUGGUCUCAGCGAAACUUGGCUAAAACCAAAUACAUUUUUCCCGCUUAACGAGGCAUCUCCUUCUAAUAUACGAGUGCACAUAUUGCUCGUCUCUUUAAAAGGGGUGGAGGGGUCGCCCUAAUAUCCAAUGAAAACUUUAACCUUAGUAACUUAACCUAAGUGCUAACAUACAAAUAAUUUGCGCUGUCCUCAAAUCUAAACAUCAAACAUGGAUAUGAUCAGCUGGACUCUCGACGCAAUUGACAAAGUCUUUUCGUCAAAGAAAAGAGGUUCGGGGGAGCCUGGCUGCCCUGAUGGAACCAUUGCUGCGGGGUACGUGAGAGACUCCUGGGAUAAAUGGAGAAUCAUGUGCCUCUCAGUCCUUUCCAUCGAGGACGUGGAAGACAUCUACCUAUUUGGAACCGUGAUCGCGGGGCACCUGCUGAUUGGGCUGGGCAUUGCUCGGGUGUAUCGUCAAAUUCGGAAGAAGAUGGCAGCCACUCAAGGAGCCCAAUGGCUGUUCAUCGCAAUGGAAGGAUUGGGUCGGGCUGUGGGAACACAGACUGUGGGGAUUUCUGAUUUGAAUCACAAAAUGGAUCUCAUCAUGGAGAAGCUUGCUGAGAAGUAAUAAUUAAAUUGAAUUUGAGAGAACCAGCACGGACACAGAGCGAGUAUGUCAUUGUUUUGACUGCUCGAAGAAAACAACAUCUUAAUCUACGAUUUGACUCCCUCGAAUGGCCUUGACGCUAUCAGGAACAGGCUGUUCUGAAGAACUCCCCCGAGGACUCAACGAUGGACGCUUUUGACCUUCCUUUUUUUCUAUAACACCUGGUGUCGAACUUUGAGAUUGGCCCCAGUCCACAAAAACAUUUCAACAUCUCACCCAAGUUAAUUGGGCAUACAUGCAUACACCCGCCCCUCCCCCAAUCAACGCCUUCACCAUUGCUUACCGUAUUUUCCGCACCAUAAGCCGCACCUAAAAACCACAAUUUUUCUCAAAAGCAGACAGUGCGGCUAAUAACCCGGUGGGCCUUAUAUAUGGAUUAAUAUUAAUAUUUGUUUUCAUAAAGUUUAGGUCUCGCAACUACGGUAAACAGCCGCCAUCUUUUUUCCCCGUAAAAGAGGAAGCACUUCUUCUUCUACGGUAAGCAACCGCCCCCAUAGAAGAGGAAGCGCUUCUUCUUCUACUGUAAGCAACCGCCAAGGUGAGCACCCGCCCCCGUAGAAGAAGAAGCGCGCGGAUAUUACGUUUCAUUUUAUUUGUGUGUUUCUGUAAAGACCAGAAAAUGUCUCUUACUAAGAGACACGCGUACAAGGUUCCACUGACUUUUGAUAUUCAUGUGAACCGCACUGUGGAUACAACGGGAACACGUACGGUGAAUAUUCGCACCACAGGGAAUGAGAAGUCGUCCUUCACCGUGGUUCUAGCUUGCCAUGCUAACGGCCAGAAACUUCCACCCACGGUGAUAUUCAAAAGGAAGACCUUGCCAAAAGAGAACUUUCCAGCCGGCGUCAUCAUAAAAGCUAACUCGAAAGGAUGGAUGGAUGAAGAAAAAAUGAGCGAAGAGACCGGGUGACUUUUUUCACGCAGCUCCGUCCCUGUUGAUCUAUGACUGCAUGCGCGUCCACAUCACAGAUGGUGUCAAAAAACAAGUUAAGCACACCGAAGAAGAAUAAUUCGAGGGAUUUGUGGAUGAGUAAUAACUUCAGAAAGUGAGCUUUAAAUGUUUAUUUUGUGUGUUGUGUGACACUAACGUAUGAGCAACGUUGAGUUAUUGAUGUUGCUAUUGCUCUGCACUAUUUUGAGUGUUACUAUUUUUGUGAUUGCACAUUUGCACAUUACAUUUUGGGAGUGAACAGAGUUGUUAGAACGUUGGUUUGUAAUAUAUUAUUAAAGUUUGACUGACCUAUCUGACGGUUUUUUAGACAUUCCCUUUAGCGUAGCGUAGGUGCGGCUAAUAACACGGGGCGGCUAAUAGGUAAACAAAGUUUUGAAAUAUACCAUUCAUUGAAGGUGCGGCUUACAACACGGGGCGGCUUAUGGUGCGGAAAAUACGGUAAUUCCUCUUCGGGGUUGUGGAUGGCUGAGUAGCGCUUUAUAGCGGCAGCCGGCCUCCAGGGCCCCAAACCCCCCCCUCUGUUGCGAGUUGUUGUGAUUACAUGUAUCAUGUUUAUGUGUGCUAUGCUUUGUGAGGUUUUUUCCUUGGACUCAGUCUGGACCCCUCCCGAGGGUCCAGCCUUAGACUGAUACUUUUUUUUACUCUUCCCCCUUUCCCAAUGUCACCUUUUUCCAACUUUUUUUAAGGAGCGCUGUAAGUGGCUGAUCCGUUGGCGGUCCCGUAACGUAUGUCUGCUCUUAGUGGGACUGUGCUGAAAAUGAAAUUUCAGUUCUUAUGUGUCUUGUACAUGUUAAAGA